AUGGCAUUAUGGAUUCGGAGGCAGGGUUGGAGGUUAUUAUCCGUGGAGUCAAAUAUCGUGCACGACCAUAAAUUAGAGGAAGAAGAUAGGCUCAGCGCGCUCACGGAUGACAUCUUAAUCUCCAUAUUGGGGACAGUCGACCUUGCCACGGCAGCAAGAACUAGCGUGCUGUCGACGCGGUGGAGAAACCUGCCCUGGUUACUUCCUGAGCUCAAACUUCAUGUCAAGGACUUCCUUAGUGCCCCAUGCCCAGGGGCUGCACAGCAGAUCGAUCAAGCAAUGGCAGCCCUGUCAAGAGCUACUAGCAGCUUGUUAGCUCAGCCCCGCAGGAAACAGAUCAUCACUAAGCUAUGCCUUAAGCUCUAUCUCAUGGGCAACUACUCGCGUGACAUUGGCCUGCUAGUUAGCAAUGCCAUUGACAGCGAGAUUGUAAAAGUAUUGGAACUUGCAAUCUUAAACGAGAAGGCCCCCGAGGACUCAAAAAACGAGGUUAUGUUACAGCAAGCAUGGGAUGUGUGUGGAUUUUUCAAUAUGUAUCCUAGUGUUCUUCGUUGCCUCACAAGACUCCAUCUACAUAAUGUUCGCCUUGCUGAAUAUGAUAUGAAUUACCUCCUGUUUGGCUGGUGCAAGCAACUGCUGCACCUUAGUCUGGACCACUGUGACACCGGGGAUGGUUCUGUAUGGAAGAUCAAUGCGCCAGAUUCAACUCUCAGAGUUCUAGAAGUAUACUUGCCCUCAUUGAAAAGAGCUGAGGUGCUCUGCCUUCCAAAACUAGAGCGUCUCCGUUGGCAGCACUGGGUGUAUUAUGAGGCUCCCUUGUGUUUUGGUUCUGUCCCAUCGCUGAAGGAAAUGUGCCUCCACUGUUCUGUGACUCUCCGCCACCAAGAGUUUAGUUUAAGCCAGGUUCUACAUGGUGCCACAAACAUACAUACUCUAACUUUAAGCUUUCACGGAGAAAAGAUCUGGAUGCAACCAGAAGGAGAACAACUCUGCACUGCAUUCAAUAGUCUAAAGAAGCUGUCUAUUCAUGGCAUCUAUAUGGAAUUUGACCUGUUAUGGAUAUUAAAUCUCCUAGAAGCUGCUCCAUCCGUUGAAAUGUUUGAUGUUGAGAUGUUCUUUCAUCCAUGCCGUGAGGGUAACGAAGAAAGAAUAAGAUAUUUUGGUACUGAAAAAGUUAAACCUUCAUGGAAGAUGCCUAGGAUCAUGAACUGUAACAAGUGGCAAUUGAAAGAAUUCCAGUUUGCUGGUUUCAGGCCCCAACUGCAGCAACACUUGCUAUUUGUAAGAAACGUGAUGGAUCGAGCUCAGGACUUGAAGUCGGUUAUUCUGACAAACGGUUUAGUGUCAUGCAAGCGCUGCAAGGCAAUGGUUACAAUACUUCCCCCUGUAGGAGGCGUCUUUCCAACAAACAGGGAUGAGCAAGAAUUAGUAGCAAAGCAACUUAGGGACAAGGUCUCGUCCUCGGCACGGAUAAUAUUUUGUAGUGUUGGUUCAACAUUUAUAUUGUAAUAAUCUAUUUCUCUCUAUAUAUAUACCUCAUUAAUAUUAUUAUACACAUACACGCUACUAGCAAAUAUGUCCGUGUGCUGCUACAUAUUGAAUUCUAUGGAAUAU